AUGGAAUCGCUCGAACCUGCCGUGACUUGGUCAAAUAAGCGACGCCAGGGAAACAUGCAAAGUCGCCGACGGAUCAAGUACAAGGAAAACCCGGGCUCAACCCCGACUUGUUUACAUUGCGCUGGCCGCAAUAUACUGAGCCAAUAUCCGCCUCGACCCCGGUUGACCCGGAUAGACAUCAAGUAUCGAUCCUUGUCUUCGUCUAGCGCUUCGUCUACCUCAAAAUCGAUGGCCUCGCCAUUAUCAUCAAUGACAGAAACCCGAACUCAGGCAACGUCCGAUUCAAAAUAUGCCCAUACACAUACCUGCCUACCAGAAAAAAUGGAAGAAACCCUCCAUCUCCAAGAUCUCGAACUGAUGAUGCACUGGUGCACGACAACCUACAAAUCAUUGGCGCGAGAUGCCCCAUCCGAAAGAAUAUGGCAAACCAUCGUCCCAAACCUCUCCCUCCGGUGCCCAGCUCUGCGCCACGGCCUACUAGCCCUAUCGGCCCUGCACCUAGCGUCAUCAAGCGCAGGACCCUCCCGAAGGUGGCGGUACCUCGACACAGCCCGGUCCCACCGAACACAUGCGCUAAACGGACUCCGACAAGACAGCCAAGACCUAACAGACCCAGAAUGCAACGCCACCUUCGCACUUUGCUGCAUAAUGCUCGUCUUCGCGUUCGGUUACUGCAUCCUCGAAAUCGAAAACGACGAACCAGACGAAGACCAGCCAGGCCCGCUGGAUGAGUUCUUCGAGGUCUUCCAGUUAACCCGGUGGCUGCUUAGCAUUCAGAUGCGCCUUAUUGACCGCAUCUCUGUUACCGAGCUCAGGCCACUCAUUGCACCGGAUGAUUCGCGCCCGACAAUGCCUGAUAUGUCGCGGUUGGUCGUUCUCUCGCUGCGCAGACAGAAUAGUAUGGAAUCCGAGCGUGAUCCAGCGCAUCCGAAGGAUCUAUAUGAUUCUGCAAUUGAGCAUCUGAGCAAUUCCCUGGAGCAACUGAUGAAAGGCGGCGAGCCGAGGGUGUUUGCAUUUUGUUGGAGUUUCCGUGUUCCAGAGCCGUUUUUGGACCUCAUGACUUCGCACCAGCCUUUUGCGCUUGUCGUUCUGGCUCAUUAUGCUGUUAUCUUGCAUCAUCUGCGGGAUAUGUGGUGGAUGGGCGAUUGGGGGACUAGGAUUCUGAGGGAAAUUGGGGAUCUUCUGGAACCGGAAUGGCGUGAGCUUAUUAACUGGCCUAUUGAUGCCACGGGGUGUUUUAUUCCGGCAUGA